GGGUAUACUGCCUGGCUGUGUCCGUACUAAUAGAAAGUUGGCACUGGGGUAUCUGUGCGGGUUGACAUAGUGUGAGGGAGAUGACUGGGCCCUGGCUGUCCCCUCUUUACUUAUCCCCUAGCGCUUUGCUGCUACAAGAGGAGCCUUGCCGGCCGCGUUGCACGCAGGAGCGCAUGGCGUGCAGCGAGAUUAGGCCGUGUGCCCAAAGCCAGCUUCUUCAGUGUGCUUAUUAACAUACACAUAAAUGAUUGCCUGUCUCAGUUAGGGCUGCGAUCGUACAUCCUGGUUUAUUUAUACAUCUUUGAAUACAUCUGAGUAGCGUGGCUUUAUAGCAAGUUACAAACUAAUAUUGAUGGAAGCGGUCACUCAUAUUGGGGCCUGGGUAGUAUAGGAAACGGCAGGGAAAGUGAAUUAUAUGCCACUUCUUACAGGCCAAGAGUAGUAAUCUCUUGUUGGGCAAACCAGUAAACGGGAAGAUGCAAAUCUUUGUUAAAACCCUUACUGGGAAAACAAUCACCCUUGAGGUUGAGCCCAGUGAUACUAUUGAAAAUGUGAAGGCCAAAAUCCAGGACAAGGAAGGUAUUCCCCCUGACCAACAGCGUCUGAUCUUUGCUGGUAAACAACUUGAAGAUGGACGCACCCUAUCUGAUUAUAACAUCCAGAAAGAGUCCACUUUGCAUCUGGUGUUGCGUCUGCGUGGUGGUAUCAUUGAGCCUUCCCUUCGCCAACUUGCUCAGAAGUACAACUGUGACAAAAUGAUUUGCCGCAAGUGCUAUGCCCGCCUUCACCCUCGUGCUGUAAAUUGCCGUAAGAAGAAGUGUGGUCACACCAAUAACCUGCGUCCCAAGAAGAAGGUCAAAUAAACUGACCUUUGCAUCUAUUUUGAUUGUUGAUAACAAAUAAAAAAAAAACAGAAGACA